UCUUGGUUUUAACUUCUUUUGAGAAUUAGAUAUAAAGUCAAGUUUUGUCAAGGGUUUUCAAUCUAUAGAAUAAACUUCUUUUUUCAAAUAUAUCUAUAUGUGUUGAUUUAUGCAUGAGUUCAAAAAAGGGUGGGAUGUUUCUUGAGGGAUGUUGAGUUAAACUAUUAUGUGUGAUAAAAAAGAAGAAGAGGUAGUUGUAAUAGAAGAGGGUGAUCAUCAUCAAAAUCAAAACGUUGAAUUUCAAGAUCAACAACAAUUAGUUCUUCAAGAAAUACAACAAAACAACAACAACAUGGGGAUUAAUGAUUAUUCAUAUAGCAACAUGACAACAGCUAGGUUAAUGUUUCCAUCUAAUUCAUCAUCAUCAGAAAUAUCUCAAAUCAUGCAUCAUCAAGAACCAUCUUCAUGGAGCUCCCUUCCUCAAGUAUUUAAUCAAAAUACCAACUACAAUAAUAAUCCACUUCUUCAAUACCCGACCCGAGACCAUGACCCGUUUCACUUCCCUCCACCUCCACCACUUCCCACCACCUUAUCAUCCUAUACUACUGGUUUGUUUAAUAGAAGGGUACAUGGUCAUCAUCGUUUGCAAUUUGCAUAUGAUGGUAGUACGUCAUCGGAUCAUCAUCAUCAGUUGACUCUAUUAUCUGAGACACUUGGUCAACCCGGAUCCGGCCCGUUUGGUUUCCAAACUGAUAUGGGUAAGAUGACUGCUCAAGAAAUCAUGGAUGCUAAAGCUUUAGCAGCUUCUAAAAGCCAUAGUGAAGCCGAACGACGUCGUAGGGAACGUAUCAAUAAUCAUCUUGCAAAACUUAGAAGCUUACUUCCAAGCACUACUAAAACAGAUAAGGCUUCAUUGCUAGCUGAAGUGAUACAGCAUGUGAAGGAGCUAAAACGUCAAACAUCGAUAAUUGCUGAACAAAGUCCAGUUCCAACGGAGAUCGACGAGUUGACAGUAGACAAUGCAUCUGAUAAAGAUGGCCGAUUUGUAAUCAGAGCCUCUUUAUGCUGUGAGGACCGGUCAGAUCUUUUACCAGACCUCAUCAAGACUUUAAAGGCCUUAAGACUAAAAACCCUUAAGGCCGAGAUCACAACCCUUGGUGGACGCGUAAAGAAUGUUUUGUUCAUCACUUCGGAAGAUCUUGUAAGCGGAAACGAUGAUCAAGAAAUGGUGAAUUACUCAAUAAGCACGAUUCAAGAAGCGUUUAAACAAGUGAUGGAAAAAACAAAUGGGGAUGAUUCUUCGUCUGGGAGUGUAAAGAGACAAAGAACAAACAAUAUCAACAUCCUUGAGCAUCAUAGGUCUCUUUAGUUAACAAUAUAUAUGCAUUUGAGUGAUGAUUUCUAAUUAACUAGCUAAUCGAUCUUUAGGGCUUUUUUUCCUCAA